AUUGUUUUUUGGACAUAGUAUUUGGUUGAAAUUUGUUUCUGCAGCUGAUGGGUAUUGAGGUAGGUUACUUUUUCACCUAGUAGGUCUGUUUGUGUUGGUUUAAAACCUAGAUAUAGAAGGCUGGGGGUACAGGGAACACGUGCCCCCACUUUUCAGAAAAAUGUAUAUUUGCAGCUCAGGGAGAGCCCAUUUUUUUCUACAUUUGCCACCUCCACUUUCAGAAUGCUUUCUUUGCCUAUGUUUAAAAAUUUUUGUUGUUGUUAUUGCUAGUAACCAUUGUAGUAACCUAAUUGAGGUGGGCCUGUACAGUUUCUAAACAAAUUGUUCUCUUUUUGAUUACCCAUGCGGAAACGUUUUUAAAACCUCUAAAUUUGGUUUCAAAACAACGUGACCACAAUAAUAAUAUGUUCUAUUGUAAUAAAUUGUUUAUCGAACGUUUAAAUUUCUGCUUUACAUCUCGAUGUUCCGGCAUCCUGAUCCAUAACAGCCAGGUUCGCCUUUUUAAGUUUGUGACGUAAGUGUGAUAAUUAAAUACGUCCCAAAGGCUGCGUCAUUCCCCAAGACGGAAAUAAAAAGUUAUAAGCUGGCAAAAGAAACUUGUAAACGUUGGAAACCACCCGCGCGACUUUAGAAUAAUUAAUUUCCUCUUUAUAGCACUUCUUCUGUUUCCAUUAUUCAAAACCAUUCUGCCAUAGCUCUGUUCAAAUCCUGCCCUAAGAAACUUUGUAUCUGGUGCCGUACUGGUGUGAAUGCUCUAAUCUUUAAUUAAGGAAAACGCAUUUUUGUAUUGCUGAAAAGGCCCCCUUCAUUUUAAAGGCAUUUAAAGGAAGUAUACACAGGGCUAUUACCUCAAAAUUUAUCAAACUUUGUUAAAAUAUAUUACCGUGAUCCUAUUCAUAUGCAUAAUAUGCUAACAUUAACAGACACAUAUACCUAAAACUUUGUGUGAACGUCAAGCUUGUCUUGUUUGCUCACAAUACUUAAUCACAAUAAAUAGAAUAUCAAGCUGCCGAUGAAAUUUGAGCCUAGCAGUUAUUCUCGAUUAAUUCUGAAAUCUUACAAAUUGUGAGCUGCGAUACUCCUAUAAAAUUUAUACGUUAAAAAGUGUGUAAAAAGCGAUAAAUAUUGCAAUUUACUCUGCCUUUGAUAAAGGUGUUUUCGAAACUCCAUUGACUGUAGCUAAAAAGGAUUAAAUCCCCGGGCAUUUGUCGGUAAACAAAAAACACCGCGUCAAAGGCCAUCACCAACAAACAUGGCCGAGCUUGACGUAGAUUAUUCCGAAAGAAGGCUAAUCGCUAGCUUGAAAUGCAGAUAAAUGUUAGUUGUUUAGCUGUUCCGCUAGAUUCAUGAGAACAGGGGCGGAUCCAGAGCAAAUUUGAAGAAGGGGCAGUUGGUAGUAGGGGCGCUGAAAAAUUUUCAAAAAUUGGUUACGAGAGUACGCUGUAUACAACAAUUUCAGAUACCUGUUCAGAGUAAACAACAUAACUUUGAGGUUAUCUUUGAGGAAGCAAAUCAACCUAUCGGUCCAACAAGAACCUUUUUCAUCUGAUUCUCAUUCUUCAAAAGGGGCGCAUAAUUUCUAAAAAAGGGGCGCCAGGCUUGCUUCAACUCGUUGAGGGAGAAGCAACUGCCCCUAGUUGCCCCCAGUUGCCCCCCCUUAAAUCCGUCACUGCUUGAGAAGAAAGCUAGGUUCGAAACUUGAAGGCCUUUGCAUUUUUAAAGUAAGUGAAGAGCGUCUCUUUCCUGAACUUCCAGGUUUGUCAUUACAUUUAGUAUGGUUUUAUAAGAAGCAGUUCAUCAUACUCCAUUAGCCGUUUUCACCAAAUUAAGAAAGUCUUCUAGAGGGAGUCGAAGGUGUUGUAGAAUUCUGAGAAACUAUUUCUAGAUUAUGAUGUUAUCAAAUUAAGAAACAAAUUCCAAAUCAACUAAUAGUGUUCUUUCUAGAAAAAUGUUUUUUUUGCUUGCAAGAAAACAGUAUGGAGGGCGGAACAGAAUAGCAAAACUCUUACCCCCAUUAUGACCCUGCCAAAACUUGACAACAUAGGUUUUAGAGAAUUGUUAGGUUGUACUCCAUGUCGAUCUACUGAAUGUGUUCACUGCCUUUAUCAGUUCAUAGUAGUCUAGCUGCAUUCAGCCAUAUCGUGCAAAACAUUCUGAAUAUCUAUACGAUUUAAGGUCAAGGUAGGCUGUAGUCUCAUUCAAGGACAACCGUCCUAUUGUGUUAGAUGUCGUAUGAUCUCAUGAAAUACCACAUCAAAUCGUUUUGUUAAGAUGUUGUAAUCUUCGUAAGAAGUUCCUGAUCCAAAUUUGGAUUUGAAAAGCUUUGGUUUAAAAGCCCUGUUCUUGACAGAAAUAGAACUGAAACCAAUACUUCCGAAUCGAACUACCAGGGUACUUACGCAGCUCCUUGAAAGUGGGCAAAUUAUAAACAGCCACGCCUAAAAUAUUAUCAGAAAUAGGGGCAACACCCUGUGAUAUUGAAAUCUACGUCUUUCUUUGAAAACAAAUGUAAUCGUUCUUCAUUCCUCUGCCCAUCCCCUUUAAUCGCUUUUUCUGGUUUGUUCCGAACCUCCACCCCCCCUCCUUGUUUACACCCUUGCAAAAGAGGGGUCAAAGAGUCUGUUAAAGUUUGGUUGUUUUGUUGUUUGGGGUUUGAGAUACAAUUGUAAAGCAGGGGGGUUAACAUUGAAUCGAGAAGAGAGAAGGGGAGCAAAGAAAAGCCUGCCUCAAGCAAAUCUUUACCUUUCUCUCCCAUUUGAAUGCAUAAACAUCCCUGCAAAACACUUCCCCCACAUUUUCAUGCAUACAAUAUUUGGUGAAUCAAUUCACUCGUAAAUUAAUGUUACGAUUAGCACCUUAUAACGCCGUAUGCUAGAUUGUAACGGGUAUAUAAAGUUCUUAGCGUAUCAUUUUCAACUUUAAAAGGCGGAGAGGGGGCAACGAAAUAACGGUGAAUAAACCUUUUAUCAGGUUUAAUGUCAAUUACCUCACUGGAUUUGUCAUGUGAAUCUUUCUGAUCAUUGCACUUUGGCCACCCUUGCCCCUCCUAUCAAAGGGCAGUGGCGGUUGCCCCCAUCCCGGCGUCCCAGGAAUCUUGUCUAUAGUUUUUAGUGUACUGUUUAUUUACAUGAUUUUUCAUAUCUCAGAUUUGGAUGUAAAAAACCAAAAGCACCCUCCCUGAAGUACACUUAAUUCUCGCAAAAAGGGAUCUGCUUUUUCAGAAUCCAGCUGUUCUACAAUGCCUACCAAGAGUCUUGGAACACUGACGUCAAUUUUCAAGGUCAGAAUCAAUCAUCCCCCUCUCCCCCACGGAACAAUGUUGGUUUACUAUCAAACAGGUUAGGAUUUUAGGAAGCACUUUCUUUUGCCCUUCUUUUAUGACAUUUCUCUAAAUUAUCAUCUUUGUUUUUGGGGGAAGGAGGCGGAAGUAGUAAUUUUUGUUUCAUGAAAGGAAUGAAAGAUAUCAAAUGCAGCGUAAAUGGCUGGGUGGUCCAAGUACUUUUGGCAGGCAUUGUAGGUUCUUAUUCGAAAAGUGUAUGUGGUCGUUUCAGGCACACAGAGUCUUAUAUAUAACUUGCAUUUGCGCUAGAAAAGAGCCAACAAAUCUCCGAGAGACGACAUUGCACUAACACAAACAGUAUAAGACUUGCAGCAGACUGCAGUUAUAAGUAGUCCUUGGUCAACAUGGCAUAUUUCAUGAAAACUACAUAUUUCCAAGCCUCAGAAAAGUUCUUGAAUGCAGAUCGAGGAACAGCGUGUAGGUUUAGAAUUAUUAUGUUCUUUUUGCCGCAUUUAUGGUACCAGAAAAUGCCAGUAUACAAUGUGCCAUAACCGCAUGGUUACAUUAUCCACUACGAUUGGAAAGGAGCUGCAAGGAAUUUUCGAUAUGAUAAGACAUGCUACUAUCCAUUGUGGUUUUUCAUACUGAAUUAUAUUGAUUUCUUUGGCCACUUAAUCCUCAUGACUUUAUAAAGAUCUUCUACUUGGUUUACACGAGCUUUGCUUUACUCAGCUUGUUUGCCGUUGUCGCGAUGAUGGCGCAUUAGUUGCCUGGAAACGGCCAAUAGCCUCAGGACGCGUGAGUAAACAUAAGUUUUACUCUUUGUCAAGCGCACACAUUUGUUGGCGUGGGCCUCCGAUCAAAGUAGAUGUUGUAAUGAGAGAUCUAUUGCAAAUUAUUGUCAAAUUGUCAGUGAAAACGGGGGUUAACUUUCACCCAAUUGAAGUAAAAUUACAUGAUGAUUUUUUUAUCGCUACAAAUUAUACCAAAAAUUUACUUGUCACAAAGUGCCGGGAAUUUUUCGUUACCUAAUACCUUUAUUCGGAAUCAUGAAAUCAUUCAAUAGCAGCAAGAAAUACAUUGCAUUUUCAUUCGUAUUGAAGCAUGUUUCAAGGAUUUUUCGUGUUACAAUAAAUUUGAAAAUAGUAUCUGCAUUGUGAUUUUUGAUUCGAUCAUUGAAAUACAAAUUUAUGUUCCUCUUACUUGCAUUUUCAUUUUGGUAUCCAAGAAAGCCCUAAUGAGCUAGUCACAAAAGCUUAUUGGAGCAAACAAACAGGUCCGUAAUAAGCCCGCAGAAGCUUGUUGGAACCGUUGACGAAGAAUCCCAAAAACUGUUCAAAUAAUGUUCAGCUGUUAAUUAAUUCUUGGUUUGGUUUAUAAUGUGAACGAAUUGUUUGAUUAUUGCCAGUAUUCGCAAGUUUCUAUGGUGUGUACGUAUAUUGACUUGAUGUUCUAUACGAGUUGCAGGUGAGUAUUUGUCAUAAACAAUAACCGGCCUAUUUGCAGUUGACCAGGAGCAUUUCGUUUUCAAUGCUGCAUUGAAAACGUUUGUCAAAUGCUAAUUUUUACGUAUGAAGCAUGUGAAUACUUACUCUUUUUCAGUACUGUUCGUGUCUAGCUCGAUUUAUCGUAUUCUAAUGCUAACUGAUGAAUUAGUUAAAGUGAUAAAAUCGUAUGUAACGUCAUCAGAUGUGAUUGACAGACGAGCAAGAAAUCAACUUUGCCUGGAAAGAGAACAAUCUGAGAAGCACAGUUUGGAUGGGCAUGGAAAAUCACUGAAUGUCUGUAAACCGAAUGGACUGGUCAGGAAUAAUAAGCUAUAAAUAACUCUAUUAAAAGAAGAUCCAGGGGUAUUAAAAAUUCGGUCAUAAGUUUGAAAGCUGGUCGUGUGUGCAGAUUCUUUAUCGCUUUAAAUUCUGGCUUGCUUGUAAUGAAAUCUCGUUUAUGUUUUGAUCCGAUGAGGCUUGGCUGAGGAGAAAGAAUUGUGUAAUCAAGAGUUGUUGAAACUGGAUAUUAAUCAAACCUUGCUGAUUCUCAACCAGAAGAUUCUGCAUGCCGUUCGACAUUAUGGGCAACGGAGCCAGCUCAAAGAAGUGCUUAAUCAUCGAUGGCGAGAAAAUGACGCUGUCACAAUUAAAGCAGAAUUAUCCCAAGUUGCUUGAUGAGCUGGAUGCGAGGAAUUCUUUGCUCGAAGAGAAAGAAAAGGUGAUUGAGGAGCAGAAACUCGAAAUAUCACAACUACAAAAGGAGAUUCACCAACUACGGUGUGUUAUUGAUACAAAAGCGACUGCAAAAUCGAACGUCCCAGCGACGAUUUCAGAAAAUGAAGAGGCCUCGAAACUGUCGCUUUCCAAAAAGUUUAAAGACCUUGAGUUACAGAACUUUUCGCGGAUGGAUUCGAAAACAAAAUUUCUCGCCGUUGCUGUCAAUGCUGUGCGUAACAAAAGAUUCGCCGUGAGCGCCGAAAGCGGAGAUCGCAAAUCUGCGACAAAGUUGCAAGAGCUUAAGAAACAUCCUAAAGAUUCAUCAGCCAAAUCUCUCAUUAAGAAUGCUAUUAAGGAUAAUAACUUCAUGAAGAAGCUCGAGAAAAGUCAAGUACAAGAAAUUGUUGGAUGUAUGUAUUUAAAAUCAUUCAACGCUGGUGAUUAUGUCAUCAAGGAAGGUGACAGUGGCAACGAGAUGUAUGUUUUGGCAGAUGGAACCCUUGAAGUCUCCAAAGAUAAUGAAGUACUUGGAAACCCGAUGAAACCGGGCACUCUGUUUGGUGAACUUGCCAUACUUUAUAACUGCACAAGGACAGCAUCUGUAAAAGCUGUCGAAAACUGCCUAGCAUGGGUGAUAGAUCGAAGUGUUUUCCAAAUUGUAAUGCGAAAAACUGGUAUAAUCAGACGAGAAGAGCAUCAUAAAUUCUUAAAAAGUGUCAAGCUGUUGAAAGAUUUGUCAGAGGAAAUGAUGUAUAGAAUCGUGGAUGUGGUUGAGGAGGACUUUUAUUCAGAAGACGAUUAUAUUGUUAGGGAAGGUGAAAAAGGAAAUACCUUCUACAUUAUAAAGUCAGGACGAGUGAAAGUUCUUCAAAUGAUAAGCGGUCAUCAUGAACCUCAAGAAAUUCGCCAACUUGAAGCUGGUGACUACUUUGGUGAGAAAGCCUUGCUGAGUGAAGAUGUAAGGACUGCUAGCAUCAUCGCUCUUUCGCCUGGAGUUGAAUGCAUGGUCAUCGAACGAGAAACGUUCUUAAACGUAAUUGGUGCGUUAGAAAACAUCCAAAAUAUCGACUACGGUGACGAAGAAAGGGGUGCUAUCAGAGUAAGUCCCAAAUCAAGCGAAGAUGGCACUUCCAUCUUGAUCAGAAUAGCUCCUGAAUUCGCAGAAUGCAAUUUGACAGAUUUCAAAGCCAUAGCAACUCUGGGUAUCGGUGGAUUUGGAAGGGUUGACCUGGUGUUGGAUAGGCGUGAAAGUAAAUCCAAAACAUUUGCAUUGAAAACACUGAUAAAACGGCAUAUUGUUGAAACGAAGCAACAGGAGCAUGUUUACAACGAGAAGAAGAUUCUGAUGGAACUUGACUGCCCUUUUAUAAUCAAGAUUCACAGAACAUUCAAAGACCCAAAAUAUGUUUAUAUAUUGAUGGAAGUCUGUCUUGGCGGGGAGUUAUGGACAAUUCUUCGCGAUAGAAACUACUUCGAUGAAAGCACUGCUCGGUUUUACAUUGCUUGUGUUGUUGAAGCAUUUGCCUAUUUACACGAAAGAAAGAUUGUUUUCAGAGAUUUAAAACCGGAGAACUUGCUUGUGGACAAUACUGGAUAUGUCAAGUUGGUUGACUUUGGAUUUGCCAAAAAGAUUGGGAGUGUUGGCAAGACGUGGACGUUUUGUGGGACUCCUGAAUACGUAGCUCCUGAGAUAAUUCUCAACAAGGGUCAUGAUUUCGCAGCUGACUAUUGGUCGCUUGGAAUUUUGAUAUUUGAGCUAAUGACUGGAAACCCCCCGUUCAAUGGAGAGGAUCCAAUGAACACAUAUAACUUCAUCCUAAGAGGCAUCGAAGCCUUAGAUUUUCCUCCAGUGGUUACGAGGACAGCCAAACACCUGAUCAAGAAGCUCUGCAGGUAUGAGCCCAGUGAGAGGUUAGGAGCUCAGAAGAAUGGUAUAGAAGAUAUCAGAAACCACAAAUGGUUUCAAGGAUUUCAUUGGCAUGGACUGUUAGAAAAGACGCUAAAGCCUCCAUUUGUGCCAAAGGUACGGUCAACAACGGACCAUUCAAAUUUUGACAACUUUCCAACGAGCUCAGAUGUCCCACCUGAUGAGCUUUCUGGAUGGGAUGCAGAUUUCUAAGCCGAACCAGACAACAAGUGACUCUUUGGACGAAAAUCCUACUUGUGCUGGCUGUGUCCUGGCCGUUUUCUCCUGUAAAAGCAGGGCGUUCUCCUAACUAUGAUAUGGUUUUAGAGCUCGAUAAAUGCAAAACCGGGUGCAGGAAAGAUUUUUGAUUUGUUUCAAACCAUUAGAUACAUAUAGAUCGUAUGCCCUGUUACUUAAAAUUAUAAUUUUACUUUCAGGGUUGAUCACUAGCUAGCCGUCUUAUGUUUAGUGGGGAGGGGAGAGUGCAAAUAAGUGCAUGUUAAGUUCAUACUAUGCUUGCAGUAACAUAAAACAGUCUGUCCAAACCUUUCAUUCGAGAAAUUUUGAAUUUAGCACUUACAAUGAUUGUGUUAAAGGAGUGGCUAGAAGGGGUAUAGGGGUGAAAGAGUUUGACGACUGGUCAUAUAGACAUAAGAUGUUCUAUUAGGCUUGUGGCUUCAUAUAAGUCUUAUCAGUAUUUCAUGACAUCUUUCGUCGAUAGUGUUGAGACAUUGGUCAUUUCAAAUUUAGAGCUAAUUAGAAAUUUUAAGGUUAAGGUUUGCUCCCUAUCAUUAAACACACAAAAACGAUUUCUAAAGCUUUCUUGAACUCAUUUCAUCAAUUUUCAACGAGUCGAAAAUGUUUUUAAUGGCAGGCAAGAACUCGAGAGAGCACUUACAUUGUGAGAAUAAAGCCAUUACAUCCUUACCCAAAGGUUUUAGAUCCGGAUGAAAGUGAUAAAGAGAUUGAUAAAGAGGGGAGGAGAAAAUCACAGGCAAUGCAAAUUUAAGUAGUGUUUACAUUGAAAACCUGUUUAUGCUGUCUCGUUAUAAAGGUAUUAUCUUUAAUUUUACUUUAACGCCAAUACUGAGCAUCACCUUAGCAUUUUGCUCAAUUAGAUAAAAGAAUUUACGUUGGCCACUGCAAAAAACCAGUAACUCAACUGGUGAAGAUAACAAAGAAAAUCAGCUCUGAAACUUUGAAUCUGCAGAUAUUUUAAAACCAGUUUUUUAAACUCACUUAAGGCCAACGUAUUGUGAAGUUGGCUAUUAUCAUUGUUGUUGUAAGCCUAUUAUCAUAUUGAUGGUCACAAUUGUCGUAUAAAUUCAAAUAGUCGGAAAAUUACGACUGUCUAAAUUUUUUAAACACAAUUACAGUUGUUAGAUUUACUUUCAAAAACUUUAUGCAUGCAUGUAUUACGAUAAUGUUGGGUUUAUAUGAUCACUGUAAAUAUGCAGCUUUUAAUUGUAAUUAAAAAUAUUUCACUUUAAUUUUUUCCUUUGAACUGACGAAAAUCACGCAGGACAUCGAUGCUAGAUUUCUUGGUUAGUUUCUUUGUCAACACAAUGUUUUCCUUUUCCUCAUUGAGAUUGUAAUAUUCUA